AUGGCUCACCGCACGCGGGUGUCAACUGCCCAAAUCCCCAGCUGUUGUCUGACUCCCGACCAAAAGGAAACCUUAAUUAAUGCGGUAAAGGAGAGGCCGGCGAUCUGGGACACGUCUUCCGACGAAUAUAACGAUGGGUCGCGCCGUCGUCGCGCUUAUGCUGAGGUCGCGGAAAUUUUGUCUGAUGACAAUUACAAUUACAAACGUGAGUUUAGGCUUAAAGUUCAAAUUAAGUUGGGAAUUUUGAUUUUGGUCCGAAAGUUCAAAGAAUUUCAUUUUCGGCCAAAAAAAUUUUAUAAUUUAACUUUCAGCGGCCGAAAUUCAGAUUGAAUGGAAAAAACUCCGGGACGUUUUUAAUCGCACGUUAAAAAAAGUUCUUGCCGCUGAGCAAAAUCACGAAGUUUGUUGGCGUUAUUGGGAAAAAAUGCAAUUUAUCGCGCCACCCGAGCAACUUUUGUCACUGCGACUGAAAAUGGAAUCAGAACCACAAGGCCGGAAUUCGGUCGAUAUUCUACAACGACUGGUCGAAUCGUCGUUGUUGCGCGAGAAUGAGGAAUGCUUAUUUGCUAAAGAUGAUGAGAUCGAUGUUAAGCCGAUGAGCAGUUUGGAAUGGCUAUCGUAAGUGAUUACUACACAUAAUAUCUUUAUGAAAGAUUAUUUUAGAAUCCUUAAAUUUAGUAAGUAGAAUGGUCAAAAAGUCUCUAGAAAACUCAAAGAUGACCUAAAAAUAUCUAAAUUACGCAAAAAAUAGACUCAAAAUUCCGUUGUUACCUAAAUAUAUCUUUUUCAGUCAAAACUGUGCUCAAGCAGCAAACGAAUGCACCGACAAUGAAAGUUCAUCCCCAAAAACCUCGAAUAAAGCCUCGCCAAAAGCCGAUGACGUGUUUAAUGACGGGAAAAUCUCGACAAACGAAGAACUAAUUGAACCAUUGAACAAGAGAAAACGGCCCUAUUUUAAAGGUACCAGCCGAAUUCUUCCGUCAACAUCAAUAUCCAGUCCAACCUCAAGCUACGACACUGCUUCAACGUUUGGUGCCUUUGUAGCCAGUCAUUUGCGGGCUAUAUCAGCUAAAAACAAGUACAAUGGGGUAAUGUUGAAGAAGGAGUUAAUGGAUUUGUGCUUGAAAUACGAAUUGGACAACUUAUAA